CGUAGAGAAGCAGAAGGAAGCAAGAUGGCUGCCCUUUAGGAUUUGUUAGAAAGGAGACCCGACUGCAAGGACUGGAUUGCUGCAAGGCUCGGGGACGAGAACGAGGCUGGCAGACUUUCCGCAGCAAACCUCCCAGGAUUAUCCAUGUACCCUUGCUCCUGUUGAGCCUGCACACUCGGAAGCAGGAGAUGGGUCCAUUCUCAGCCAAUAGGACAUGAUCCAGGAGGAGCAGUGAGGAAGAACAGAGCUGCUGGAUUCAUUCAGAGGGCAGCCUUGUGGAUGGCCCCGAAGCAAGCCCGAUGGAAGAGGAUAGAACCAACCAUGUGGAGGGCAACAGACAAAGUCCAUUCCUGAGACCAUUACCUUCCCCGAUCUGCCAGGCAGAACCUCUGGCUGUAAAACUCCAGAAUGGAAGCCCAGUAACUGAGAGACCACAUCAAGAAGUAAAUGGAGAUACCAAGUGGCAGUCUUUCAAGAGCUAUUACGGAAUACCGCAUAUGAAGGAUAGCCAGAGUAGUUGCACCAGUCCAGAUUUCAUCCAAGAAGGCCAAGGGUAUUCCAAGCAUUUGCCAAAUAGAGGAAUAAAACGCACACUUAGUGAACCGUCUCUCUCUGGGUUCCCAAAUAAACGGAAAUGGAAACAAGACCAAAAGGCUAAUGGAGAGAGAAAUAACUUCGGGGAAAGGCAAGAAAGAAAUCCAGGUAAAAGCAGCAGUCAACCAAAUGUCUCCGAUUUGAGUGAUAAGACAGAAUCUGUGAGCUCGGUCACCCAAGAAAAUUCAGUGAAAAAUUCCACCAGUUUCCCAUCCAGUCACUGCAACGGCUCUGAAAAUCCAGAGCUUCAGAUUCAGAAUGAGCAGGAAAGGGAAAAUGCUAGCUACCACAACAAGAACCUUGUAUUACUUCUUACAAACCAGGCAGUGCUAAUGCCUAAUGGUGCUACCGAAUCUGCCUCUUCGAUGGAAAACACACACGGUGAGCUCCUGGAGAAAACACUGUCUCGAUACUAUCCAGGGUGUGUUUCCAGUACAGUGCAGACGACCACAUCUCACAUCAAUGCUAUUAACAGUCAGGCUACUAAUGAGUUGUCCUGUGAGCUCACUCACCCACUGCAUACCUCAGGGCAGAACAAUUCCCAGACCUCAAUCCCUGAGCUGCCACCAGAGCCAGCAAAGGCCUGUGAUGCUAAGCAUGUCAAGAAACCCAUGGCAAUGCCGGGGACCACGUGUUCCCCCCAAACACCAGACUACCGCCAACCGCAGAAGUCACUCUUUGAGCUUGGCUCAUCUCCAGCAGAAAACAGCCACCUUCAAGGAAACAUGAGACUCGUCUCUGGUGAAGAAUUCUGUUCAGGUGUCAGAAGCAAGUCGCAAACUCCUCAUGGCAACUCUGAACAGUAUUUAAAGCAAAAUGAAAUGAAUGGUGCUUACUUCAAGCGGAGCUUUCCUACCACUCCCACGACCCCCCAACUGCUUCUUUCUCCCCCUCCUCCUCUUUCUCCUCUUCCUCAGUUUCCUUCAGAAGGAAACAGCAGUCUGAAGGAUGGAGUUUUGGAAGCAAACCACCACCAUCCGAACCAAAGUAACGUAACUCUUCUACAGGAAGUGAAAGUUGAAGGUCCAUGUUUGACCAGAGCAUCCCAGAGUCCUGAUCCCUCUGCCAGCCUAUCCAGCCCUUCCCUGUUGGUUCCAGAAGGUCCUCAGAAUAAUUGUGUUAAUAACAAUGGCAUCCGGACACCCGGUACAACCACUGUUCCCUUGGCUUCUGAGAAAACCACAGUAGCAGAACAUCUCAAACAUAACCCUCCAACUCUUGGUAGCCACCAUCACCAGCAGCUGAUGGGCUGCAAAGAGGAAGCAAUGGGGAAGGAUCGAACACAAGAUCAUGCGCUCCCAACUCCACACUCUCUGAAACCAGGAUGGAUUGAAUUGAAGACUCCGCACUUUCAUCAAGCGGAAUCUCAUCCACCCUUCCGUGAGGCCUCGCGACAGUGUCAAUCCAACAGUGCCCAUCCAAUCACCUCCACACAAUACACUGGAAAUUCCAACAUAAGUGGAGGGCUCUCCAGGCAAGUUUAUCUCCAGAAAAUGAUGCCUCGGGAGCAGAAGUUACAAAUGUACCAGGCGGAGACAGGUCAAGGGCAGUCUCAAGGUAUGUUGGACCAACAUCUCCAGUUCCAAAAACUCUCUCCUCAAGGGCACGUUUCUAAGACAGAGUCUUCGCCUGAACCUCCCAGGAAGGUACCGUGUGCCUCUAGAUUUUACUUUCCACAAAGAGCAGAUCCACACACUGAGAAGUUCCUGUCCCCACAAUUAAAACGGCACUUAGAUCAACAGGUUACUGAGGCUGAGCCCUUUUCAACACUUAAGCGUCCCAAGAAGGCUGAACAAAUCCCACCAUCCCCAGAUCCACACUUCUCUCAAAACCAGCAGGUGCAGCAGCAAAAAUUACAAAUGAGGAGUAAAGAACAAAUGCCUCAGGCUUUCCCUCACCCACAAGGUCAUAACGAUCAGCAAAGAGAAGGAUCGUUCUUUGGCCAGAUUAAAGUAGAAGACUGCUUUAGUGGUGAAAAUCAGUAUUCAAAACCAAAUGAGUUCCAAGCUCGUACUACCCAAGAAAAAUUAGAGCAAGUACAGAAUACUAAUAGAAAUGUCCCUUAUGGUCAGAUCUUGAAGUCAAGUGCAAGCAAUCCACACCUUAUCCCAGAGGGGAAUGAACAAACCAUACAUUCUGAAGUCUUUGGAGGAAGCAAGACCCCCAACUUGCACCACAUGCACUAUUUUCCAAAUCAUGUGACUCCAAAGCAAGAAGUUCCUCACAGGUGCUUUCAAGAACAAGAGCAGAAGCCUCCACAAGCCUCAGUUCUACAGGGAUAUAAAAGCAGAAGCCAGGAAAUGUCAGGACAACAAACUGUACAACUAGCUCAGCAAAGGUACUUGAUGCAUCACCAUGCAGAGCCAUUCCCUGCUUCUGAUCAGGGAGGAUGUUGCAUUCGUGUUAGCCCUACCCCAAAGGACAUCCAAAAGCAUGCUGCUCUCAGGUGGCACCUCUUACAAAAGCAAGAGCAGCAGCAAGCUCAGCAAGCCCAAGCUGAGUCCUGCCAAAAUCAGAUGCACAAGCCCAUCAAAAGUGAGCCUGGCUCCAAGCCCCAGGCCUGUAUGCGUGCAGCAACACCUCAAGAGAACAAAACUUGGAAAAAGACACCCAAACAAGAGAUUCCACCUCUGAGCGUCGAGAAUAGCCAGCAGAAGAGCAUCAUCGAGACCAUGGAACUGCAGGUGAAGCAGUUUCAGGCCAAAUCACUCUUUGACCAUAAAGCACUUAGUCUCAAGUCCCAGAAACAUGUGAAAGUAGAGAUGUCUGGGCCAGUGACAGUUUUAACGACACAAAUCAAUAGCCACACUUCAACAUCAGAGCAGCCAGCAUCGCCUUUAGAAAAGACACCCAGCAAAAGAACAGCUGGCUCCGUUUUCAAUAGUUUUGUAGAGUCACCUUCCCAAUUAUUUGAGGCACCUAUAAAAAAUUUAUGGAGUGCACCUGCCAAGACCCAGUAUGAUUUCCCAUCGUGCAGAUGUGUAGAGCAAAUUAUUGAAAAAGAUGAAGGUCCUUUUUAUACCCAUCUAGGAGCAGGUCCUAAUGUGGCAGCUAUUAGAGAAAUCAUGGAAGAAAGGUUUGGAGAGAAGGGUAAAGCUAUUAGAAUUGAAAGGGCCGUCUAUACCGGCAAAGAAGGCAAAAGUUCUCAGGGAUGCCCUAUUGCUAAAUGGGUGAUACGCAGAGCUAGCCUGGAGGAGAAGCUGCUGUGUUGUGUCCGAGAGCGAGCUGGCCACCGCUGCGAGGCGGCCGUGAUCGUGAUUCUCAUCCUGGUGUGGGACGCGAUUCCCAUCCAGCUGGCCGAUACCCUGUACUCGGAGCUCACCCAGUCGCUGCGGAAGAACGGCGCCCUCACCAAUCGCCGCUGUGCCCUCAAUGAAGAGAGAACCUGUGCCUGUCAGGGGCUGGACCCAGAGACCUUCGGUGCCUCCUUUUCUUUUGGUUGUUCAUGGAGCAUGUACUACAAUGGAUGUAAGUUUGCCAGAAGCAAGAACCCAAGAAAAUUUAAGCUGCUUGGGGAUGAUCCAAAAGAGGUUGAAAUGCUUGGCUCCUUUGACACACAAACCUUAAUGUCCCCUUUGUUCUAUCUACAAGUGAAACCCAAUGCCCUUAAUUGACACACAUGCUUUUAUUCUUCUCAGAUUGAGUUCGAACACAGAGCUCCAGAGUGCCGCCUGGGUCUGGGGGAAGGCCGCCCGUUCUCUGGGGUGACCGCGUGCUUGGACUUCUGUGCUCAUGCCCACAGGGACCUGCACAACAUGCCGAAUGGCAGCACAUUGGUAUGCACCCUCACAAAAGAAGGCAAUCGAGAAUUUGGAGUGAAACCUGAGGAUGAGCAGCUCCACGUACUGCCUCUGUACAAAAUCUCUGAUGUGGAUGAGUUUGGGAGUGUGGAAGGCCAGGAGGAGAAAAAACGCAGUGGUGCUAUUGAGGUUCUGACCCGUUUUCAUCACAAAGUCCGGAUGCUAGCCGAGCCGGCCAAGAGUUGUCGACAAAGGAAACUUGAAGCCAGGAAAGCUGCCGCUGAGAAGCUUUCCAAUUCUUUGGAGAACAACUCAAGCAAGAAUGAGAAGGAAAAGUCAGCCUCAUCACGGACAAAGCAGACUGAAACUGUAGGCCAGGCCAAACAGCUGGCAGAACUUUUUAGACAUUCUGGACCAGUCACCCCACAGAGCCACCAGAGCCAGCGACCCCAGGCACCCCAGCCGCUGCCACAGCACACUUUGACCAGCAACCCUCAAUCAGAAUCUGUCAGCUCUUCCUCUUCCUCCGGGUGCAGCAAUGUGUACAUGAGACGGCCCAAUCCCAUCAGUCCUUAUCCAAGUUCCCCCCACCUGUCAGAUAUUUAUGGUGGCGCCAACCACAUGAAUCUCUAUUCCACCUCCCCCCAGGCUGCUAGUUCAUAUCUGAGUUCUUCUAAUCCCACGCACCCCUAUCCUGGACUUUUAAAUCAGAAUAACAAGUACCCAUCCUAUCAGUGCAAUGGCACUACAUCCAUGGACAACUGCUCCUCCUAUCUGGGCUCCUAUUCGUCCCUGACUCAACCCAUGGAUUUAUACAGAUACCCAAACCAAGACCAUCUCUCCAGGCUGAAUCUUCCACCCAUCCACACACUCUACCAGCAGAGGUAUGGCAACAACCAGAGGGUCACUUCGAAGUACUAUGGAAACCAAAACCUGCAGGGCGAUACCUCCGGCGGUUCUACCCUGAGACCAAGUGUUUGCCAGGCGGGGCCCUUCCGUCCCCACUCGGCUCCCGAGCCGGAAGACCCCUGCAUGGGAGCUGCUUCCAGAUUACCACCCAGUUCCAGCAACCCAAGCCUAGAUUGUAAGAACAGUGAUCCUCAGCCACCUGCUCCCCCGACCCCCAACUACAGCACAGGCCUGGGCUCCCUUCACACCCUGAACCUGCAACCCAAGACCAACAACGCGCUUGCCCACACCACCAACGGGCUUUCCAAGAUGUUUCCAGGGCUGAGCCAGGACGGGGCUGCCGCCGCUCCUCCAAGCGUGCUGCACAGGUUAAGCGAUGCUGGCAGUCAGGACCGGCAGCCCAUGCCUGUGGUCCAGGCGGUGGGUCCGGGUAAAGAGGACAACGAAGAAGUCUGGUCAGACAGUGAACAGAGCUUCCUGGAUCCUGACCUUGGGGGUUUGGCUGUAGCUCCAACUCAUGGGUCCCUGCUCAUUGAGUGCGCAAAGCGGGAGCUUCAUGCCACCACCCCCCUAAAGAACCCAGAUAGGAACAAUCCCACCAGGAUCUCGCUGGUCUUUUACCAACACAAGAGUAUGAAUGAACCAAAGCACGGCCUGGCGCACUGGGAAGCCAAAAUGGCUGAAAAAGCUCGGGAGAAAGAGGAAGAGUGUGAGAAGUACGGCCCGGAUUAUGUGCCUCAGAAAACGCAUGGCAAAAAAGCGAAGCGGGAGCCGGCCGAGCCGCACGAGCCCGCGGAGCCCACCUACCUGCGCUUCAUCAAGUCUCUGGUGGAAAAGACCAUCUCGGUGACCACCGAUUCCACGGUGACCACGUCUCCAUACGCCUUCACCAGGGUCACAGGGCCCUACAACAGGUACAUGUGAGGUCCCUACGGCCAGUGACCCCAUGUGAACUGACAACAGCCACCCUAGUGCUUCGUGUAGCUCUCAAGACCUGGGCAGGGUGGAGAGGGGAACAGGGGAGCUUCAUUUCCACUGAUCCCCAAGUGGUCAUUCACCAAUGGUGUCCAGGAAAAAAAAAGCAUUCUAUGCAAAAAGCAAAAAACAAAAAAAAAAGGUGUGGACAUAUCCUUGAUUUCGUUUCCAUUUUCAAACACUGGUUCUGUGAUGGGAGGGUCUAAUAGGUAAAUGUGAUUCCCUUUAACAGCUCAGCCUAUCUGUGGCCACUUUGAAUAAUACAUAAGGUUUGCGUAGUGUUGGGACACAAAAACUGUCACCGUACAGUUGCAGGAAUCUUCACAUAGCAUCUGGUGCUGAAUAUACAAUGUACUGAAAUACUGGAAUCAUGGCUUUUUAACAUGCAGUUCUUACUGUACUCUUAAUAUUAACUUAUUUAUCAAUAUAGCUACAAGAAGAAGCAUUGAGUAGCAGCAAAACACUGAAUUUGUUUGGAAGUGCUACAAACUGGUGCUAAGAAAAUGGUGUCUUUAAUAGCUAAAAACAAUGCCUUUCUAUCAUCAAGUUGCUGUCAAUGUACCCUCGUGGUAACACCCCUUGAAGAGUUAGGGGUACCUUUGCAUUCAAGUUUUUAAUCAAAGUGAUCUGUUCUUAUACAAGCUUACUUUAAAAAAAAAAAAGGACAUUUUAAUGGCCUCUGGAUCUUGUUCAUCCACUCACGUCCUUAUAGGACAAUAAAUGUACGCAUGUACAUAUACACACAUAUGUUUGUAUACAUGUAUAUGUCUAACUAUUUUAAAUGGUGUUUUAGAAGCACUUUGCCUACCUAAGCCUUGGCAACUUGAACAAUGCGAAGGUACUGAGAUGUUUAAGAAAGAAACAAAGGUUUACUUUUAUUUUGAGAUGAAAAAGAAUUUUUUUUUAAAAAAAAAACACCCUGAAAGCUUACUGGAUUCAAAGGAAUACGUCAGUCCAUAAGACACAUGUGUUCUGGUGCUCAUUUCCCAUGCUAUACAGUCCAAUACAAAACUGUAUGACAAGUUUGUCACUCAGAAAUGUACCUUUUUUUAUGCAGAAUUUUCCGUUAGCUGUGGGUUGUGCUUAGCCACAUGCUAAAGACUCAGCCACUCUUAGUUACUGAAGCUUGCACUGGUCUCCAGACCUAGGUGAUCUUCAGAGACCAGAACGGCUGUCUGCUUUUAUGUUGAAACUUGUGUUCAUCAUUGUGAUUGCUUAGGAAGAUUGAAGUGGACUGAAUAAACAGGGUUAGUUCCAUUUGAAUCUUGAUGGUUACAAAGAAGGCAACGAAAAAUAAAUAAAUAAAAACAGGCAGCUGGUUUGCUGUGGUGAUUUAAAAUCAUUAAUUUGUAUAAAGAAGUUAAAAGAGUUGUAUAGUAAAUUAAAUUGUAAACAAAGCUUUUUUAAUGCAAGGCUUUAGUAUUUUAGUACUGUAAAAAUUUUAAAUAUAUACAUAUUUGUGUAUAUGUGUGUAUAUAUACAUAUAUAUGUAUGUAUAUAUAUAUAUAUAUAUAUAUAUAUAUAUACACCCAUACUUACAUGAGAUGAAAGCAGAUUUCACAUCACAAUGGUGCUACUCAGCCUGCUACAAAUAUAUCAUAAUGUGAGUGAAGAAUUAAUGGUUUGAGUGAUGUCCCUGGUUGUCAUAUACCUCAAUAUUAGUGUGGCAAUAAGAUAGGAACUGAGUGGAAGUUUAGCAUUGUGUACCACCAUUUUGUUUUUCAAGUCAUUUUUUAUUGCUUUAAAAAAAAGCAUACUUUUUUUUUAAAUCAAUACUUGAUUUUUUAGCAAGUAUAACUUGAACAUCAACCUUUUUGUUCUAAAAAUUCAGGGAUAUCUCAGCUCAUGUUCUCCUAUGCCAAUGUCACCUGUGUUUAUGUAAAAUUGUUUUAGGUUAAUAAAUGUAUUCCUUUUUUUUUCAGGGAUUUAACCCUUUUAUUUUGAAUCCCUCCUAUUUUCCUUGUAUAUGUAUUGAUGUAAGUAACUAAAACUAAUUUUGUAAAUCUAUUGGCUAGUCAUUGUAAAGAAAAGCAUUUUAAAGUACUGGGCCUUUUUUUUUUUUGGCUUUUUGAUGGAGAAGAAAUUAUUACAUGAAAAUAGAAUGCACUGAGCUGAUAAAGGGAAAAUUGAGCGGCACAAGUUUGGCAAGUGACUGUUGGGCCAGAAGCCUUUUAAUCCUGAAAGAAAGUGGUUUGUCUAGGGGUUUUUUUUGUUUUUUUUUUUUGUGUUUUUUUUUAGGGGGGGUAGUUUUUAUCAAACAAUCAUAAGUUUAUAACUCUAGGAAGACCCCUCCCCACCUUAAACAGGCCCAACAUAGAGGUAUGGUGUGCAAUAGGACUGUAUAAUUACAUUUCAGUCUAAAUAUAUUUUUGCUUACUAGCUUUUCAAAAACAUUCUUAAUCUAGGGAGUCCUUUGAGUUUCAUUGGUCAGAUCUUAAGAUGAAUUUUUGUUUUGAGUUAAAAAAAUAUCACAAGUUUUUGGCUGUGUGUCCAAUGUAUAAGCUUUUUAUUUUGUGUGUCAAUACUGGGGGCUUGAACUCAGGGCCUGGGAGCUGUC